CUCUAAAUAAACGACCCCCGACUCUCCAACAAAACUUAAAACCUUUUCAUUCAUCAUUCCUUCCUUCGAAUCCCCAAGCACACAUCAAUGGCAACCAAAACCUCCACUCCAAGUUCUCAAUCCCCAAAACUCUCUCAUCUCCGCCCUCAAUACAUUCCCAACCACAUCCCCGACUCCUCCUACGUCCGCAUCUUGGACACCACCCUCCGCGACGGCGAACAAUCCCCGGGAGCCACCAUGACAGCAAAGGAGAAGCUCGACAUCGCACGGCAGCUGGUGAAGCUGGGCGUGGACAUCAUCCAGCCCGGCUUCCCUUCUGCGUCGAACAGCGACUUCAUGGCCGUCAAAAUGAUAGCACAAGAGGUUGGCAAUGCUGUUGAUGAUGAUGGUUAUGUGCCUGUCAUUGCUGGCUUCUGUCGGUGCGUUGAGAAGGACAUUUCUACUGCAUGGGAGGCUGUGAAGUAUGCUAAGAGGCCACGGCUUUGUACUUCCAUAGCUACGAGCCCUAUUCACAUGGAGCACAAGCUGAGAAAGAGUAAAGAUCAGGUGAUUCAGAUUGCCAGGGAUAUGGUCAAGUUUGCACGGAGUUUGGGUUGCAAUGAUAUUCAGUUCGGUGCUGAAGAUGCUACUAGGUUGUGAUGGUCUUGGCAUCCAAGGGAGAUCAUGCCUUAAAUGGUCUAUAUACAAGAAUCAAUACAAGACACAUAUUA